AUGAGGCUAACCAAACCUACUUUAUUCACUAAUAUUCCAGUGACUUGUGAAGAAAGAGAUUUGCCAGGUAAUCUAUUUAACCAGCUCAUGAAAGAUGAUCCUUCUACUGUAAAGGGAGCAGAAACUUUGAUGUUAGGAGAAAUGCUCACUUUGCCUCAAAACUUUGGAAAUAUAUUUCUGGGAGAGACGUUUUCCAGUUACAUUAGUGUACACAAUGAUAGUAAUCAAGUUGUCAAGGACAUACUGGUGAAGGCUGAUCUUCAGACAAGUUCUCAGCGCUUGAACCUUUCAGCUUCUAGUGCUGCAGUGGCAGAACUUAAACCUGACUGUUGCAUUGAUGAUGUGAUCCAUCAUGAAGUAAAGGAGAUAGGAACACACAUCUUAGUUUGUGCAGUAAGUUACACUACACAGACAGGAGAGAAGAUGUACUUCAGAAAGUUCUUCAAAUUUCAGGUUCUUAAGCCACUAGAUGUGAAAACGAAAUUCUACAAUGCUGAGACAGAUGAAGUGUUUCUGGAAGCUCAGAUUCAGAAUAUCACUACCUCUCCAAUGUUUAUGGAGAAGGUGUCUUUAGAGCCAUCUAUGAUGUACAACGUUGCAGAACUGAACACAGUUGACACAGCAGGGGAAAGUGAGUCUACUUUUGGCUCAAGGACUUACUUACAACCUAUGGAUACACGUCAAUACUUAUACUGCCUAAAACCAAAGCAAGAAUUUGCAGAGAAAGCUGGAGUAAUUAAAGGUGUAACAGUGAUUGGUAAAUUAGACAUUGUAUGGAAAACUAAUCUGGGUGAACGAGGAAGGCUGCAAACUAGCCAGCUCCAAAGAAUGGCUCCUGGUUAUGGUGAUGUAAGGCUUUCCUUGGAGACAAUACCAGACACUGUAAAUUUGGAAGAACCUUUUGACAUUACAUGUAAAAUAACAAACUGCAGCAGUGAAAGGACUAUGGAUCUGGUUUUAGAAAUGUGCAAUACUAAUUCCAUCCACUGGUGUGGAGUUUCAGGAAGGCAACUUGGAAAGCUGCACCCAAGUUCAUCCCUCCAUCUUGCACUUACAUUGUUGUCUUCAGUGCAGGGAUUGCAAAGUGUUUCUGGCUUAAGACUUACAGACACAUUUUUGAAGAGAACAUAUGAGUAUGAUGAUAUUGCACAAGUCUGUGUAGUUUCUUCAGAAGUCAAACAAAGCUGAAGAAAAAAUUCUGUAUUUCUGCUGGGCUUCUUUUUUGGACCAACUUCUUGAUGUUUUUUGCUGCCGAAUCAUAUUAAAAUGCCUACAAACAAAACUAAAUUCCUAUAUAUAUCUAUAAACAUAACUAUGCUUAUUUAAUUUCUCUAAGCAUUUCUUGAAAUCUUUAAAAAACGU